UGUGGUACCCUACAACCCAGCAGUAACCAUGGUGUUACUGGGUGUCCUAGUACUGUGGUACCCUACAACCCAGCAGUAACCAUGGUGUUACUGGGUGUCCUAGUACUGUGGUACCCUACAACCCAACAGCAUCAGUAACCAUGAGUCUUACAACCAGGUUCUUCUCAUCUCUGGCCAACAAGAAGAAAAUUGAUCUGUAUUAUGACGUAAUAUCACCGUACUCGUGGUUUGCAUUUGAGGUUUUGAUGAGGUACAAGAAUUACUGGAAUGUUGAUAUUAAGCUUAAACCUGUAUUACUGGCUGGCAUUACCCAAGCAACAGGCAACAAGGCACCAAUGUUAGUACCAAAUAAAGGUUUAUACAUGACUAAGGAUCUGAUACGAUGUGCAACUUACUUCAAUGUUCCUCUAAACUUAGUCAAGAAUGCUUUUGAGUUGAUAAUGGUGAAAGGAUCACUCGUUCCAAGUCGCUUUUUGACAGCCAUUGAUCUCCUAUACCCAGAGCAUUUGGAAGGUGUUACUCGGGCAUUGUGGAUGGAAGUCUGGAACAAGGAUCACGAUUUUACAAGUAUUGAAACAUUAAAGGAAGCCGGGGUGGCUGCUGGUGUUACUCCGGUGCAGCUUGCACACGUUCAAGAGUAUAUGACACAACAAGCCACCAAAGACCGUCUUCGAGCAUAUACUGAUGAAGCAGUCCAGCAUGGAGCAUUUGGAUCACCAAGUAUAGUGGUCCAUGGUGAAGGGGAGUCCUUGCUCUUCUUUGGUUCUGAUCGAUUCCCUGUUCUAGCGCAGGAGAUAGGAGAAAGAUGGCUUGGACCACAGCCUAAUCUUCCUCAUACAAAAUUAUAAAAAAAAGGACUUAAUUUUUAUUACAUACAGCAUGUAGUAAAAACCAUGACUAUUAGUUUUUAUGUACAUUAUUACUAUUAUUAUUAUGAAAACAAAGUGCUAAACCCACAGGGUCAUACAGUGCUGUUAUUAUAUACAGCAUAUAGUGUUUAACCCUUAAAUGGUCCAAACGUAUAUAUACGUUUUUUCAACAUCUGAAAGUAUGUAAAAAAAUGUAGAUCUUCUUUUUUGUUUUACAUUUGAAAAAGUGUAAAAAAAAAACUUUUAUCUACAUUUUUUUUGUUAUAUUUGAAAAUAUGUAAAAAAAAGUAGAUCUACUUUUGUAGCUCUAUGAAUAUGAACGUUGAUCUGUUUGGACCGUUUAAGGGUUAAUAAAAAAGAAAUAGAAAUACACCUAUACAGUACCAGUGACCCUUCAUGAGUCGCUCUACCGUAAUUUCCAUUUUGAAUAUCUUGUGACUUGUUUACUUUUCUAUUUCUACUAGUAGUGUGUGACUGGGUGCACUGGUAGUGUGUCACUGGGUGCACUGGUAGUGUGUCACUGGGUGCACUGGUAGUGUGUCACUGGGUGCACUGGGGCAGAAUUACCAUUGCCAUUAGUGGAGUGCAUUACCAUUAUUGGCAAGGUCAUUGUUUUGUGGGUGUAAAAUUGGUGAACCUUUGCCUAGAAGGAAUUAACUCUUUGGUGCUCGAGGUAUGCUCAAGGCACAUUUCCCUAAGAAAAAAGAAAUGAUGAUGUAAAGUAGAGAGACUCCUUCCACAGGCCAAGGUGAAGAAUCACAGAGCUGCUCAAAGGGGCCAGUGUAUCUGGACAAAUGCCAUACAAUUCUGUUUAUUUUCCAUCAUGUAAUCAGUAUGUCAUUUUAGGAUAUUAAUUAUGGGACUUCAUUUUAAGUGAUGCUGGAGGUGCCAAGAAGAAAACUGUUAAACUUAUUAUUAUUAAUAAAGUUGUGACUGGAGGUAUGGGAAGUUUUGCACACCAAGGCUAGUGUAACAUUGCACUACACAGUUUUGUGCCAUAAACAGUCAUUUACAUACCCUAGCUGCAUUUAUAUAAUUAUUGAAUACGGUAGGGCCCCACUUAUACGGCGGGUUAGGUUCCAGGCUGUCGACGGAAAGCAGACAUUGCCGGAAGGCAGAACGCCAUUUUUUUCCAUUUAUAAAUGCAUAUAAAUGCCAGACAACAAGUUUACACUAAAUUAUAUUAAGUUAGUAAUAGAACUAGGCAUUAAAAACACACAAAGUAAAAUAUAUUCACAGUACAUUCAUUACUUAUCUUAAAGUAUUUGUAAUCUUAAUGUAGGAAGAGAGGCGAGUAGUACUUAUUUGUAGUAAGUCAGGUGUAGGUAGCCCUGGCUCCCCGUCUCAUAAUUAACCCUUUGACUGUCGCAACCCACAAUCCUGAGGUGUCUCCUGGUGUCGCAAAAUUUAAAAAAAAAAAAAUUAUUUUUUCUUAUGAAAUGAUAGAGAAUCUUUUCCCGAUUGUAAUGACACCAAAAAAACGAAAUUUGAUGGAAAACUGACGGAAUUAUGCUCUCGCAAAGUUAGCGAUCUCGGCGCUGUUUACAAAUCGGCGAUUUCGCCCACUUUGAGCCCUAUUUUCGGCUAAUUCCAUUGUUCCAGUCGCCCAAACUCAUAGCUAUUUCUUUAGAACUCCAUUUUUCUAUCGAUUGAGUACAAGAAACUGCCCAUUUACCGAUUUCAACUACCUAAUAAUGUGGUCAGAAAUUUGCAAUUUGGCCAAUUUCACGAAAACUAAAAAAUAUGACAAUUUCAAAAUAAGGUCCAGAAUGAACAAUGCAGACAUUCCUGGCUCUAAAAUAACAUUUUCUUUGCUCAUCAGUCAUGUCUCCAGGCCCCUCUGAUAUUACUCUUGCUUUCUAUUUUGAAUUUUUAUUCAAACAAAAAAUAGAAGACUUACUAUUAUGCAGACUAGUGCAAUACUGUAAUAAUUGUAUAAAUAACAUCAACCCAUUCAUGACUGCAUAUUAGAAUGGCUAGUUGGACAUUUAUUGGACAAUGGCAUCAUUUGUUUACUUUGAACAUUGGCAAAAAUCAAACAUUUCCCCUACUUUGAGCUCCAUUUCUAGGUUCUUUUUAUAGUAAAAUCAAUCAAAAUCACCUCUAUUUCUAUAAUAUGUUUCCCAUUCUAUCAAAUGAGACCAAGAAAACGAGAAUACAACCAUAAAUACUAUACGAAAAUAGACCACAAAGUCGGCAUUUUAAUUAAAAAAAAAAAUCGGUCGGAGUUUUUUUUCUUCUCAUUAUGCACUGCGUGCUCCAGGAUUUUUUUUAUAUGGUGCACACUGACCACACAGACCCAUUCUCUCACAUGUGGGCCUACCAGCUUUCUCCUGCUUGAUUUGAAGCUGCUAGAAUUUAUGAGUAUAUAUACGUCAAACACGGUACCUCGUAAGACGUAUAUAUACGGCCGCGACAGUCAAAGGGUUAAUAUACGAUAUUUAAAACAUCCCAGAGUUAAAAUACACGUACAAUACACUCAUUAUUUACCUUAAAAUAUGUGUAGUCUUAAUAUAGGAAGAGAGGUGAGUAGUAUUUAUUUGUAGGAAGUCAGUGUAGGUAGCUGGUAUGUGUAGCCUGGGCUACACCUACCGGCUACCUACACUGUGCCCCAGAGCCAUAUUAUUAUCAUCGACAUACCUUGUUCGCUGAAUUUAAUAGUUUCUAACUACCUUUAGAUGCCAUCAUAAACGAAGGGAGAAGUAAUGAAUAAUUCAUGCCGAAAAUUGUAAACAAAAGCGGAGUGGGGGAGUGGCUGGGCCAAAUGCAGAUUCAUACACGUUUUCUGCGACGGCUGAACAGAGAAAACGUAAUGUCCUUCCACCCGGCUACCACACAGCUCCACAAGUAUUAUUAUCAGAGCACAUAAAAUAUGCAAUAAAUGCCAGACAAGUUUACACUAAUAUUAAGUUAGCAAUAGAAAUAGGCAUUAAAAACACAGUAAAAGGUAAGAUACACACAGAGUACACUUAUUACUUACCUUAAAAUAUUAAUAUGUGAGAGGUGAGCGGCAGGGUGUUUAUUGAAUAAAAUCAGAAUGACACACCAUCAUCCUCUUACUUGGCACUUAAAGCAAGAGGCUUAUGACUCCUCUUUUUAUCACAGCUAAGCUUAGAUGCCAUCGUCAGUGAGAGCCAACUAGUUAACGAAAGAGUAAACGAGAGAGAAUGAGAUACAGAGUUGAGACAAUGUAAGAACACAAACUGAACAGGUAGUGGGCGAUCACUUGGUCAGGCGAAAUAAAUGCGUAUUAAUGUGUCUACUUUUAGUUCAUUCAUGUACGUUUGUAAGAGUUUGUAAAACAUUUACCUCAAUAUUUUAUUAUAAUAAUAAUUACCUCACAAUACAAAUACUCUUGCAUUGUGUACAAGUUAGUACAGAAUAAACAAACCAACACCAUUUUUAGAGUGAAUGAAGAUAUUAUUAUUAUUAUAAGUAGCACUGCAGCGCUGUAUAGUCCUUGUGGCUUAGCGCUUCUUUUUGAUUAUAAUAAUAAUAAUAUAAAAAGCACUAAACCCACAAGGGUCGUGAAUUGCUACAUACAGAGUGAAGGCAUACGAAAAGAAUAUUUUUCUACAGUUAUCCCCCAGUUUGACUAGAGAAAACGUAAUUCUUCCGACACUACCUACACAGCUGCUCUGUAAACAAAUCUUAUAUUUACGUCAAUUUUUAUUCCGAGUGUAUGUAUCAUGUUUAUAUGCUAUAUAACGGGUUUCAUAUAUAAUUUUGAGGAAAAUAUCAUUAGAUGGAUUAAUGAAAAUGCCUAUAUUAAUAUAUUAUUAUUAUAAUCAAGGGGGAAGCGCUAAACCCAGAGGAUUAUACAGCGCCUGGGGGGGGGGAUGUGGAAGGCAUUCAGGCUUAAUUCGGGGAACUGGAGCACAGAUCCAAUUCCCUAAAUCAAGAGCCCCUCACCAACAUCAAGGAACCUUCCUUGAGGGGUAUAUUAAUAUAAAAUAAGACAUUUAGUGUGCCCAAGAGUGAUUAUUAUUACGUAGUAUUGGCAUCAUAAUUAGAGACGCUUAGCGAUUUUAACGUGUACCUGUACACCUGCACAGUGUGUAAGUAUAUUUAGGUACAGGUACACAUAAGUAUAAUUAUCAGAGUACAUAUGAAAUACGCAGUAACUUUAAAACACUUGAAAUUUUGGCAAGUUUCCUGAUAUAGUAGAUGUCACGGAGAAUGUAAACAAACCGGGUGGGGGGUGCCAUAUUGUUAAGACCGCUUGCCGUAUAGCAGAUUUUGGUCAUAAUUUGACAUCGCCGUAAAGCGGGGCCCUACUGUAUGUUUGUAAUUGUUUAGUGAAGCUAUGAUUUAUUGGAGACUGUCAGGCAGCCAUCUCUACACACUUCUCUAGCAGCAAGGAAUAUAAGGAAAGAUAAACAA